CCCGCCCCCCUUUUAGCACCCCCUCCCUUCUCCCCCACACGGCCGGCCGGAGCCCCUCUUGCGGCAAUCCUAAAUUAAUCCUCUCGUCUGCCUCAUCGGAUUCUGAUCUGGUCCCGGCCCAGCUGAUCGCGGCACGUGAGGUGAGGGGGCGGCUGUCGGAGGUGGGUGCGUGGAUGGGAGUUCAGACAAUGUCGUCCCUCGGCGGCGGCGGCGGCGGGGGCGGCGGGGGAGUGCCCCUGUCGCGGCAGGGGUCGGUCUACGGCCUCACGCUCAACGAGGUGGAGAGCCAUCUGGGCGAGCCGCUGCGGAGCAUGAACCUGGAGGACCUCCUGCGCACGGUGCUCCCCGCCGACGCAGCCGACGCGGAGCCGCACGGCGCCGGGACGGGCAGGAAGACGGUGGACGAGGUGUGGCGCGACAUCGAGAGCGCCGGCCGCGGCCGCCAGCCGACGGUGGGCGAGAUGACGCUGGAGGACUUCCUCUCGCGCGCCGGCGUGCCCGUCGGCGGGGGCUGCGCCGCCGGCGCGCAUUGGCUGCACCAGUACCACCCGCCGCAGCAGUACGUGGCGCGGCCCCUGCCGCGGCCCCUCGGCGUGGGCGCCGGCCCCGUGCUGGACGCCGUGUACCACGGCGGCGGCGGCGGGUUCCUCUCGCAGGUCGGCGGGCGGAAGCGCGGCGCCGCGGUCGUGGGCGGGGACGGCGUCGUGGAGAAGACGGUGGAGCGGCGGCAGAAGCGGAUGAUCAAGAACCGCGAGUCGGCGGCGAGGUCCCGUGCCAGGAAGCAGGCCUACACCAACGAGCUGGAGAACAAGAUCUCGCGGCUGGAGGAGGAGAUCGAGCAUCUGAAGGAGCUCAAGAAGCUGGAGCCGGUGAUGCAGUUCAUGCCACAGCAGGAGGCGGGGGAAAGGCAGCAUCAUCUCCGGCGACAAGCGGUGCUCUACAUGCCGCAGCCCGAGGCGGAGCCGAAGCAGCAUCAGCUCCGGCGGAUCAACUCCGCCUCCUUCUGAUAGAUCGACCAGUCGACGGCGAGAGACGCACCCGCACCGCCAUGUUCAUAGUACGCGCGUAGUAGUAGCCAAGACUCUAGUAGGGCGUUAGGAAUCUGUACCUUGGAUGAAAUGCUAAGUGAGAAGAACAUCAGCUAAUCUAAACCGACUCUCUUUUAUAUAUAUGUGCAGUCUGUCUCUUUGGGUUGCAA